CUAAAUCCUUAACCCCUUUGUGGGUCGCCACUUCCCCUCCCUCCCAUUCUACUUUCUCUCCAUCCAAACACUCCCCAUUCCCUAUUCCCUCCAUCCCAAAACCCCAUUUUCCUUUCCUCUCUCUCUCUAACUUUCUCUCUCUAGAAAAGAAAAGCAAAGAAAAGAAAAUUCUCAUUAUGGCUAUGUUAUUACAAGGCAAAGAAAAAUCAUAUUCUCAAGACAAUAAAUUGCAAUUUGGAGUCAUUUUCUUUGUUUUCUUUGCCUUGUAUUUUCUUAACAUUAAUCCAUUAUAGAACUUAAUUUAAACAAACUAAACAAUCAUUCCCUCCUUUUCCCUCACUUUAUGGCAACUUUACAACAUUGAAUUCAUUUCUUGAUUUUUUUUCUUCUUUCCAUUGUGACCCACAAAAGCAUUUUAGAUUAAUUUAAAAAAAAAACUAAAAAAAAGAAAAAAAAAUACACCCAUUAACCAAAAUCCUUUUUAUUUUCUACAAGUGUUCAUAAGUUAUUAAAUCCACAAAGAGUCAAGAAAAGAAAGAAAGAGAGAGAGAAGGGGGGGGAAACUAAACAAUACACAACAAAAAAUACCAACAAACACAACCUUAAAAAUCUAACACAUUAACAAAAGUACAUAAAACACAUUUAAAAGUGUCUUGUCUUUUUUGGGGUCUAAGUUGGUAUAUUUUUUCAUUUAAUUUAUAUUUUGGGAUGAUGAUGAUAUCAACCACCAACAAUGUUAACGAUGGAGGUGGGUCAUCAGGAUCGGGGAACGGCGGCUCCGGUGACGUAACGAUUGCUGACUUGCAUGAUCCUAUGCAUCACCAUAAUAACGGAGGUAAACUGAACGGAAACGGUAACGGAAACGGAAGUAGUGGCGGCGAUAAUGACGCACAUUUGAAGAAAGGACCGUGGACAGCUGAAGAAGAUGCAAUAUUGGUGGAAUAUGUGAGGAAACAUGGCGAAGGGAAUUGGAAUGCGGUGCAGAGACAUUCUGGUCUGGCUCGGUGUGGGAAAAGCUGUAGGCUUCGUUGGGCUAACCAUUUGAGACCUAAUCUGAAAAAGGGUGCAUUUUCUCCUGAUGAAGAGAGACUCAUUGUUGAGUUACAUGCUAAGUUUGGCAACAAAUGGGCUCGUAUGGCUAGUCUGCUUCCAGGAAGAACAGACAACGAAAUCAAGAACUACUGGAACACAAGAGUGAAGAGACAUCAACGGCAAGGAUUACCUCUGUAUCCGCCGGAUAUUCAGCCACAACAUCCACCAAGUCCUCACUUCCACCACCACCACCACCAUGGUCACCACCACCACAACGGCAACAAAUCCCCAUCAAUUUCAAUUCCAACAACACCAACAUCUUCAUUCACAUUCCAAACUCAUCAUUUUCAAUCACCAAACCAAAACCACCACCACCACCUCCAUAACCACCACAGCCUCCCAAAUUCCGCCACUCCUCCUCCUCUCUCACCCACCACUACUUCCAAUAAUAGCUUCCCUACUCUUCCUCUCUUUGAUUUCUCUCAAAGUCACCAUAAUUUUCACCUAAAUCACACUAACCCCAAUUCAAACUCACAUUCUACACCCACAACACCAACUUCUUCAUUUUCAUUCCAAACUCAUCAUCAUCAACAGCUUCACUCACCAACUCAUCAUCAUCCACACACACCUAACUCUGCUGCUUCUCAUCAUAUUGCUGCUGGUGCUAACGCUUCUUCUACGCCACCGCCUUUAUCUCCUCUGUCGUCACCUUCCACAACACCUUGCACCACAAGUUUCCCUACAUUGCCUCUUUUCGACUUCAACUUACCGCGAACACCUCCAAUCCUUCAAACUCCGAUGCGAUUCAAACGCUUCUCCUCGUCACCCAAUAUUCCUACUCUCGGAAAUAACUCGACUAUGAAUAAUAACCACCCACAGCAUUAUUCAAUGCCCUUAUCCCCACUGCAACAUGCUACUUCUCCGAUGGGCGGUCAUCAUCAGAUACCAAAUUGUUAUGCAAGCUUGAUGAACGGGGGCAGUGGUGAUUUUCAUAGUGAGAUGCAAAAGGAGAAUCAAGAAAUGUGUUCGCUUUUAGCUGCGGUUACUCAGCAGGAGCUCCCUUCAAACCAAUAUUUAUCGCCGACGAGUAAUCAGAAUAGGAGUAUGGGGAUCGGUAUUGCUACUCCAGGGAAUAGCAGUAAGUAUGGUAGAAGAGUUAAUAAGAAGAAAAUUGGUAGUUCUAUUAAAGAUAAGGUUAAUGGAAAACUGGGAUUUUCAUUGGAAGAUCUUUUUCAAGAGGCUAAGGUAUUUAAUGAAUGUGGACAGACUUCUACAGAACAGAACAAUAUGGUUUUUCAAGAACAGAAACAACCGAAAAUGUACAUUUCUGAAGGAUAUGCCACUCAUUGGGAUCAAUCAAAUUCUUUUGAUUUAUCACCAGGAUAUGAUCCGAAACUUGAAGUUGGAGACCAGCUGAGUGAAAUGCCUGAAGACUUGACCAAGGUUUUGAACAACCUUCCAUCGUCGAUGCAGCCCGAGUUGUAUAGCGACAGUGCGGAUAUAUCCAACGGCCAAUCUUCAGUGGUAACAGAUGAUAACAUCGGAUUUGAAAUGCAGCAGAUAGCUUCGUUGUUUCCCCCAGCAGAACACGGCAGGAACCUCGGCCCUUGCUCCUGGGACAACCUGCCAGGAAUCUGCUAAGAGUGGUUGAGACAAUGAAGUGAGAUUGCUAUCAAGAGAGAAAGAGAGAAAAGAAAAAAACACAAGGCUUUUGAGUUAAUGGGGUAUUUGUCUUUUUAAUUUAUUUAUUUUUCUUUUUUUUUUGUAUUGAACAUGAAUGGGGUCUGUUUGUUCUAGCAAUGAUGCUUUUGCUUUUUCCAAAAGUAUUUGCUCUUUGCUUUUCUACUA